CCGCGAAACACAAGGCGUAUGUGCGCGACUUAGUUUGUCCCUGUAGGGCUGCCUUAGUAAUGCUGACGGUACCUCCGUGAAUCUGUCCCACAGUUUUUCUCGAUUCUUAUAUAGAACUGUUCUUACGCAGUUACGUGAUCUGUCCGUAUAAACCUUAGACUGAAUGAGCAUGUUGCAGCGCGGCACGGGAGGAGGAGACCACCGUUGUGCAGGUUAUAAAUUCUGCCACCAUGGUGGUCAACUUCUGUCUGCCGCACUUUGAAACCAGCGUGCAUUGCAACAAACUGAGUGCUGACGGCCACGAUGUCACAAACCUGUUGUCGGGGGACGCGAGCCUUCGAGGGCGGGGCUUCAAGCUGGAGUACUUCCUGCGGCCCCCGGUGCAGGUGACGCUGCGGUUCCGGGCGCAGGUGGAGGUGUGCCGGGUGGACGUGGAGCUGUGGCCCCUCAGGAUGGACCAGGGACAGGCCUCCCGGGGCCUGGAGAUCUACACGUCCUCCACAGCCCAGGAGGGGGACCCGUUCCUGCUGGUGGGACGCUGCAAGGCGAGCGACGAGGUGUCCGUCAUCUUCACCGGGCCCCGCCCCCGGCCGCGCCCGCCCUUCCCGCCGGCCCCGCCCGAACCCCCGCCCGGGGCGAUGGGGGCGGAGCUGUGGAGCCGGGGGCCGCGGUCUCUGGGCGAGGUGAUGCAGCUGCGUGUCAACCUGCCGUACGGGGGGGCAGGGACCCCCCUGGGGCUGCGGGCGCUGGCCGUGUGGGGGCGCCCAGCACGUUGCUGCCCCCCGGUGGAGGUGGAGAGAAUUGCGCGGGCUCACACGGACAGCUUGAGGCCGCCCCGGCAAGAAUCCCCAUCCGCCACGCCCUGCCCCGAAUCACUGCCCACCCCAGACCCCCCCGGUAUCAAACCCCCCACUGACACCCCCGUCCCGGAGGAGUUCCUGGACCCCCUGACGCAGGAAGUGAUGUCGUUGCCCAUGCUGUUGCCGAGCGGCGCCGUGAUUGACAGCAGCACGCUGGAGAACUACCAGCGGCAGGAGGCCACCUGGGGGCGACCUCCCAAUGACCCCUUCACCGGGGUGCCCUUCUCCAGGGGCGCCCAGCCCCUGCCCUGCCCCCAGCUCAAGGGCCGGAUCGACCUGUUCCUGCUGCGGGGCGGGGCCAGGGCCGCAGAGGGCCGGCUGGGGCGUGAGGCGCAGAGGGGUCAGCCGCGCCCCUCCAGACUCGCCGACCGACCCUCUCCUCUGACGGGGAACCCGCCCGGCCCAGAUCCCCGCCGCUCCCCCUCUCCCCCGCCCCCAGGGCAGGACAGAGGAGGGCUGGUAGGGGGUUCGGGCCUUAUCGCGGGGCACGGGGAGCCGUCUGCCCCCGGUGGGGGCGGCCCCAGUCGGACAGUGGGGUCUGUCCUCUCCAGGAAACGGCCGUUGGAGACGCAGGGGAGCGGGGUGGAGAGCUUGGGGGCUGGUAGUGCCCCUCCCUCCUCAGACUCCAGGAGUGCAGUGAAGAGGAUUCGGAAGGACCCGCAACCUCAGCCUGACUGCCGUUCGAGCAGCAGUUCCCAUGAGCAGCGUCUCGCAGACAGCCUGGACCAGGCGUUGAGCUCCGCCCUCAGAGAUCUCCCAGCAUUCACUGCCAGCCAAGGCGGCAAAUCACGUGCCGCAGAGAGCCAGGGAGGCGGGGCCACUGCAGGUGAGAGGUGUGCUCUGUGCACCUGCCCCCUCUCUCAGUACCCCUCCUGCCCCCCGGCAUUCCGCCUGCCCUGUGGGCACCUGCUCUGCCGCCCCUGUCUGUCCCUCAAAACCCCUCCCAAACCGCCUCGACCCCCCCUGCUCUGCCCCGCCUGCAGGACCCCCGUCCCGUCCAGCGGCAUCACGCGUGUGCACUUCUGAGAGCUACACGGACUCGCUCUGCCAACACGCGUGUGCACCCGUGGCAGCACACUGUCUCCCACCAGGUGCUGUACCUUGUACUGUAUCAAGACCCAUUUCCACUGUAAAUAAAGUAAAUAUGAGAUUGA